UUACUAUUUUCCGUAAGGAAUAUUGAAUGUACAUGUGUGUGUGUUCGUUCUGGUAUUUCUCUUCUUCUCUCCCUCUUUCACCCAUUUAUGGACGAGUUUGCUGUCUGGGAACAAUUCGCUUUCUAUGUAUUCCGUUAAGCUUUUGUCAGCUAUUAAACACAAUUAGUGCAUAGCAAGCAAAAAAAGAUAAGGAAGGGAAGGAUGUCACGAUGCAUAAGCAUCAGACAAAGAGAGAAGCCAGAACAUGCGUACAACAAUUGUAAAAGUCGGGGAAAGUUCUACUUUCUCCGACUCUGCAUGAUAAAAAGAGUGAGCAGCAUUCACUCUUGGUUCUGUUCUGUACUGUCAACUUUCUUUCUGAAUAAACAUCUAAUCUGUACUUCCAUUGAAACCUAUCCGAACUCGUAUCACGUCCCUCAUUCGGCAUUCCCACACACAAUUGACUUACACAACCAUCGAGCAGGCCAUUAGAAAUGAGACGCGGGACUAUUUUCGUCAUCUUUCUGCUGUAUUAAUUCACGUGUGUUACAAGUACUUAAAAUUGAUUAUACUAUGGAGAUUGACUACUCCAUGUUGACAUUUGUUACUGGUGUGGCGACACAAAAUUUGGAAAGUUGCAAAAAGUUUCUUGCGCCACAUCCCAUAGAUAUAAGAAUUGUUCAACCACAGGAGUACAAGAGCCAAGAACUUCAUUUUUAUCAGACACUUGAAGAUCCACACCAAGGAAAAAACUGAGAAAUGUCCUCACUGUGAUCACACUGUGGGCGACAACUACACCUUGCAGCGCCACAUCGCGCGCGCCCACCCUGCCGGACCUACUAGUCAUAUUUGCGACAUUUGCGGGAAAGGAUAUUAUCAUUCCGCCGACCUCAAGGGCCACCUUGCCCGUCAUGAGGGGACUUUUCGAAAGAAAUGUGACACUUGUGGCGAAACAUGCGCGUCAUGGAAUAGCUUACAAGCUCACCUUGUCAAGAUGCAUGGCAAAGAUCCGAUGGUUUGCGACGAAUGCGGAGCUACUUUUAGAACGUCGAAAGGCUUUAACCUGCACAAGAAAGCCCACGCAGGUGACAGAAGACACAAAUGCGAGACUUCUGGGGCCUGUUUUAUGAGUAGGGGGGAUCUUAACAUUCACAUGAGAAGUCACACGGGCGAGCGACCAUUCCCCUGCCCCCACUGCGACAAGGCCUUCAAGACAAGGUCGCAUUUGACCAAGCAUGUAAAGAUUAUCCACACUCCCGGCUACAUUGCACCCACCCCGCACAAAUGCCCCCACUGCGACAAAGGAUUUCAAUCUCCUUUCAUCCUGAGAUGUCACAUUCGCCAGGCGCACACGGGAGAGCGGCCCUUCACCUGUGACAAGUGCGCAAAAAAGUUCGCGGUCAACUCAGCGCUAACCACGCACUUGAAAACGGCCCAUGGCGUCGUUCCUGAGAAGAAAGACAGGUUGCCAAGAUCGAAAAAGGAUGCGUUUCAGAUAGAAGAAGCAAAUGACUAAAUUAAAAUUUGUAAUUUAUUUUGCUAAAUUUUAAUUUGUGUCGUCCUGAAGCUAUAUAUUGGGGAAUUAAUCCCAACUAUAAUUAAGGUGCAAUUAAAUUUAACUUGAAAUUAAAUUAGCAAGCCUUUUAUAAUAUGUUCACUCACAUGAAUAAAUAACUGA